UUGCAGAAUUCCUGCUGUAACUCGCCAACCACUAUUAGUACCAUCAUCACUAUCUGCACCAACGAUUAAGAGGCAAAGUCCUAUUCCAAUGUCCAAUCCAGUCCAAGAAACCAGCACAGCUCCAMAUUCCAGUCCRRUCCAAACAUYCAACUCGGUCCCACCAUCUAGUGCAAUCCCAGCAUCCAGWARUGUGACAUCRCCUUGUAACCCUGYUAGAAAUUGUAACGAUGAAUUGCGUGAMGUGUGUGAYGCRCURUCAGUCGUCCAGGACGACAAACACCCGACASUAGCUGAAUCAGACAGGAAAAUUUCGUCAUCAAGUGCACAUAGCACCUUGUCGUCAUCUCAAGAACCAGAAUCAUCAACAGUUCAAUUCAUCGGUCCUCAUUUCGCUAGUUGUCCACAGCCUUCCGCUGGCAGGAAUCUCACUGUACAAAUUCCUAGUCAAACGCCGCCCACUGCUAAGCCUGUAUAUGGGUCAGCGGAUGGCGCUAGUAUUUUACUGCAAAACAGUCCACUAAAUGAAAGAUAUUCCUCUUUCUCCAGUCCAUCAGCGAACCAGACUCCACUAAAUGAAAGAUAUUCCUCUUUCUCCAGUCCAUCAGCGAACCAGACUCCACCAACGCCACAAACAUCUGCUGGUGAGUCAUACACGGGUCCUGAGAGCAAUCCUAUGUCGAUAUCCAAUCAAAGUACCACACCACAGAGUAUUGAGAUGGCGACAUCAAGCGUUGACGUCAUGGAGUACGACUUCAUCGACGAAUCAGAUUUCAGUUCUUUUAAAGGAAGUUUUGCUAAUCAAAGUUCAGUGGAUGAGUACCUGGUUGUCGAGGGUUAUCCUGGUAUUAAGUCAAGUACUGGUACAUAUAAACCUGGUAAUAAACGCGACAGAAGAAAGCACGUGACUGAUCACAUGACUAAGAUGAGAUUAGGCCUGCUAAAACUGCUUCAGAAAGUUCUUCUCAACCUACAAGCCGAACAGAUCCCAGGCGUUGUGGGUGGKGUACUUAAGGUUGAAUAUCUACUUGUMUGGGUGUCGCACCACUCUUCCUCGGUCAGAGAACUCGUCAUUAAGAUUUUAUGCUUAUAUUUACAAAAAGCAGAAUCUGAACGAUACAAUCAUUUUGUUGAUAUCCGUGGAUUUCAUCUCUUAGCCAAUCAGAUUUACGACCACGAGGUUACCAAGGGGACCAUCGAAGCRUUGCUAUGGUUACUAGUGGGUCGACCAGUUGAYCUGGAAAAGGAUUAUGCAUACUCCACURCUAGUAUGGACCAGUGUUUGCUGAGUUCAGUACGAGCAUUGGGCGUGGUCCCGUUACUAUCGAUACUAGAAGAUACUCUYGUCUCACAACAUCUUCAUCACAUGUUGGUUAAACAUAUUUGCCAAUUAUUCCUCAAGGUUGAUGAGUUAUCGUUAAAAGCUGUAUCACAUGGUUUAUUGCACACCAUAUGUAAYGUGAUUACUAGACUUGCAAGAAUACACCAUCAGCAAAGAGUAUGAUUUAUCGAUCUUCUUCAUCGCGCGGUAUCUUCGGUACUUUGCUAUUCAAGUUGCUCUCCAUUAUCAUUAUGAGAUCUCGAAAGAGGAAYAUCCUGGUGGUGGAUGGAGAAAGAAAAGCACCGGAAUGAGAUUUCCAUUCCGUGGAGGAGAGAAAUGUACCGAUCACCAUCCCUUCAAACCAGUCUCCACAUGGAUYCCAUUAUCUCACGACCAUAAUAUGCCGUGUUGGGAUCUAGGCCUACUCAARAACACACCAACAAGCGCCAAUUCCAAUGAACAAACACAAAGAUUUCAACUCGUUUUACAAAUUGCUGUAAACUGUGUUACAUACUCUAGAACAUUCUUAAGUAACGACCUGAGCCCGCUACAGUUUUAUGCCGCUGAUCUUCAGAUUCACGAUUGCCUCAAACCAGGAAUGAUUCAAAGAACUACGAGUGGAAUCAACAUCGAGAAGGACUUUGCUCAGUUUGUGUUUAGUUUGUUGUUUGAAACGAUGGAUCUUCAUCCGCAGGCCAAAAGACUUCUACAAUAUCUACUGUCGGGAAACGGAGGAGGAAAGAUUCGGGACAAGCUGCUUGUUUACUUACCAAURAUGUUGAGUGAUAACAACCUYACCGCAAGUCAAACURAUACURCMAUGAACUUCAAAUCUUUACUUGAGUCUUGUGGUUURAAGUUUUCUACUGUUGAAGAAGUCRCUUCGAAGUCUGAAAUGGAGGUCCAAGUCUGGGAUCAAACUGACACUACAAACAUUGUGGAGUGGCACAAGAAACGACUUGAAGCCUUCAAAGUAAUAUCACAAAGAAUCGAAGUUCUUAGUGGGCAAUUGUCGAGGUCAGCCAUGGACGUAACACGAGUAGCAGUCGAGAUCCAAGACUCGCAAAGACAGACAUUACUAAAACAUAACAGAGAUGCCUUGUCGGCUGAAGUACAAGUCAGAAAGAAAUGGCGACAACUUAUUGAAAGAUUAAUUCACGAACGGUCCAUAUGGUACGACAGCGACUUUUUCCCAAAAUCCUGGAGACUGGAUCCAACUGAAGGUCCUCUGCGAGUGCGUUGUCGAAUGCAGCGGUUUCAUCUGGACGUUCCCGCCAAGCAUGUCAUGCAGGGAUACAGAAAGAAUGGUACAGUAAAGUGUAUUUCACCGCUGGCCUAUUUGUUCGAAGACUGUACUAGCAGUCACCGAAAAAACGUGUACUAUAUCUUUGACACUCCUGACACGAUACGAUUUCUGUAUCAUUGUCGACACAUUUUACUUGACGUCAAGACAAAUGGCGUCAUUCUGAUUGGAGAAAGUCACAUGUAUUUCAUUGGUGAGGAGGCAACCACAGCAGAUACAGACGUGACACAGAUUUUACUAGGUAACAAAGACGCUAUUUCCAUAUCGUGGCUUAUCAAAGAAAUACAAGAAAUACGAACAAGAAGGUACUGUCUUCAGGAAAUCGGAGUGGAAGUGUUCCUCACUAAUGGAAGGACAUAUUUCCUGGCAUUUGAUACGGAAAGCGACCGCGACAUUAUUUUGGAUCAGUUUAAGCAGCGAAUGCUACCUAUUUACGAGACACCAGCCAAGGAAAACAUCCAUAACACCACCAUGCUGUGGCGCACGGGGAACCUAWCAAAUUUCGAGUAUUUGACGGAGUUGAAUAAAGUGKCUGGACGAACRUUCAACGAUCUCAUGCAGUAYCCAGUCUUCCCUUUCAUUUUGGCCGACUUYUCMAGUGAAGURCUGGACCUCAACGAUACCAGCGUYUUUAGAGAUCUUUCGAAACCUAUCGCAGCACAAAACUACAAAAAAGAGAUGAACUAUCGAGAAAGAUUCCGGUGGCUAAAAGAAGAGUUCGAUCGYAGUGGUCAAGGCGAUCCUAUGUCAGCGCCCUACCAUUAUGGUUCUCAUUAUUCAAACAGUGGAACAGUGUUGCACUUUCUUGUUCGUCUGCCUCCCUUCACCAAGAUGUUUUUACAGUAUCAAGAUCGUAGUUUCGAUAUUCCCGAUCGAACGUUCCAUUCCAUGGCGACCACGUGGCGUUUAUCGUCGUAUGAAUCGUCAACCGAUGUUAAAGAACUCAUUCCCGAAUUCUUUUUUCUUCCCGAGUUCCUCGAGAAUAUUGAAGGUUUUGAUUUUGGUCUCCGUCAAUGCGGCGAUCGAGUGAUGGAUGUAACGUUACCCCCAUGGGCUAAAGGCAACGCUCGUUUGUUUAUCCUCGUUCACAGACAGGCUCUAGAGACAGAACAUGUCACUCGUUACCUACACAAGUGGAUCGACCUUGUUUUUGGUUACAAGCAAACUGGACCUGAAGCAAUAGAAGCAAUCAACGUGUUUCAUCCAGCGACAUACUAUGGUGUAGAAGUGAACUCCAUCACYGAUCCAAUCCGCCAGAAGGCUUUGAAAACUAUGAUUGAGACAUAUGGUCAAACGCCAAGACAGCUGUUCCCAUUGCCUCACAGCCCACGAGUCACCCACAAAAAYCUUGCCACAUCAUCAGAGUCAAGUUCCACAACAUCACUUGGUGCAACUUCCAAGAAUGACGGCGAUACAAUAUCAUCAACAGCAACAUUUAAAAAUCGUUUUCACCAGUCCUUCUCAUCUGAAAACAGCUCGACAGGAACAGUYGAAACAUUUGYAGUUUGUACAGACRUUCCUAGACCAGUGUCUACAGUGGAAGGACUACGAUGGGGACAAUAUGUCUGUUCYCCAUCACUCCCUGUGCCRUCUAUCACYUUGAACCACACCAUUAAUGUUCCAGGGACGUUAUUGGUUUGUGAUAAGUURGAUCGGGUAAAUGUGCUCUGCAGACAAUCAACAUURGUGUCUGUCCAUGAUGACAGAAAUGAUAGAUUCCUCUUGACAGGRGUUAUUUCUUGGGCUGGUCUAGAUGGUAGUUUGAUGGUAUUUCCUGAGGGGUCUGGGCCUGGAAUGUGGUUGAUGGAUGUCAAGACUCCUAAUGACUGUACAUCGCUAUUCAUUGGAUCAUCAUCAGGAGUUCUGUCAUAUCUACCCAUUAAAUACAAUCCUUCACUUGAUCGUAAGAUUGAGUUGCAAGGGUCAUGUGUUCAUCUGUAUGGUCAUAACCAAGUUGUCACAUGUCUACACAUAUGCCAUGAGUACAGCGUGCUGGUCAGCGGUAGUCRAGAUGGCACAGCAAUAAUAUGGGAUAUCUGUAGGUUAAGUUAUAUUCGCACACUUCAGCAUACAACGGCUGUGCAGACGUUAGCAGUAAGUCGGCGAUCAGGUGAUGUCGCUACUGUCUCUCAUCAAGAUGAAGGCAUUGAUGAAGAUGAUAGUUACCAUGACAACCAAGGUAGUAUGUUGUAUCUUUGGACUGUUAAUGGGAGGCCUGUGUCAAGCGCCAAAUGUGAUCAUAUGAUAAGUUGUGUGGAUUUCUCACGUGCUCCAGAAGGCGUGUCAGUUAAUGUCAUAGCAACAGGGCUUAGCAACGGUGCAAUAAGGUAG